CAAAGAUUCAGUGACCAAGGGUCAUUACUAAGGCAAAUUUGCACUUCAGAGAAUCAAGUUUGGAUUGUAACUGGUUGAGUCAGGAAUCAGAGACAGGGGCGUGAUUACACCAGGGGCUGGCUACUUCUCAGAGGAUUAGCAUGUGGGGUCACUCAGUCUGCCGCUCCAACUCACCCCCCUGGACGAUGCUAUCUGGGGUCAAAGACACCCUGUACCACCCCCACCUGCCCACCCUGCGCUGCAUGGACAUGGACACUAUGGCUCAACGGCUCCCAGACGAGCACAGCCGCACCACCACCCCCUGCAGCCGAGAGGACUUCAGGAAUUGGUCCAGCUCUUGUCACAACCUUCCCAAGAGACACUUCAUUGUCACUGACACUUUCCGUAACAAGUAUCUGAGGUCAACAUACCCCUCUGCUGCAGAACAGCGCCUCCUUCUGGACAGUGCAGUGGCCUGGUCAGCUAGCCAGCCCUCCCCAGGGCUUACAUUGCCCCUGGUCGAUAAGGCAGAACCUCAUUUCAGUGGAUAUUCUUUGCGGUACUUGAAACCUAAACCCCCUCAGUCGUGGAAGUUUUGCCUCACUCACAACCCCAGCUUGGAUCAAUAUGGGUUGAAACCUAUGGCCUUCGACACUUUAAAUAGACAUAGAAGAACAUUAUGUCCUCCUCACAGUCGAAUAUCUGUAGCAAGACCUUGGUACUGACUCAGAGGAAGGGGACCGCGGUCACAUGACUCAGCAAUGCCUGCUACAGUUUGGAGCACUAGAGUCAGAGAUUGAAGGCAGCACAUGGAUUCCAGCAGUCAUACUUCCAGUCUCUGCUGUUAUAGCAACCCUGAAAUACACUGAAUCUGAUGCUUCAAUAAGAGUGCACCGUUUUGUUAAGUGUGGAUUAUGAAAAAAGUGUGACAUUUGUUUUUUUUUAACCAUUUAGCCAAGGUUAGCCAAUUUUAUCAUGUGUGUGCUCAAUUUAUAAGCUGCCUUCUCCACAUGCUGGGGUAAAGAAAUAUAUACUGAGCAUUUAAAAUGACUGUAGCUAACACAAUAAUUCUAUAAAUCUUAUCCAUUUUGUACUUCCAUUAGCUGCAUAGGUC